UCUGUCCCUCUUAAUAGAGUCAGACACUAGUUGAUGGCAAUUUUCUCCUCAUCAGACAGGACUGGACUCAUCUACUGACGAAUGACUACGGGCAGCGCACUAAUUGUGGGUCUUGAGGGGAUGGUAUCUGACGCUUCCGUGGGAACUCUCUCCAAUAGGAAUCAUACAGCUACAGGCUCGCUCUAAAUGCGGACAUGGGUGUUUCUCCACGCACGCAUUUCCACGCACUUGUGUUCCUGGUCCUACCAUUUCGGCAGUAAUCGGCACCUAUUCCCGUUCACGCCUUCGCGUUUUGCCUGUUGGUGCCACUCUUGACAACUUUGCGUGUCGCGGCAGGAAGCACUUUCUGCGUGGAUUCAUCUGCAGGAAUGGUUCACAAGAGCGCGCCGCGUCCUCAUGCCUUUAGGAAACAAGUUGAGACGAGCCUGGCGCUGACCAUGCUGGACCCAGUCACCGUUUCUUACAAUUAAGGACAUAAUGAGCAACCACAAGGGCGGAGGAAUGGCAUCGAAGGAUCGGCUGUACGAGCUGUGGAUGUUGUACUACACAAAGAAAGACGUGGGCUACCUGCAGCAGUGGCUGGAGGCGUUCGUGGCGUCCUUUGAGCGGCUCAUUGAUGUGCAGUCGCUGGAGCCCCGGAGGCUGGAGGACAGCAGCUCCGAGGUGCCGCUGCUCCCCAGGGAGGUGCUGGUGCUGCUCAGCACCCAGCUGUGGCACAGCGUGCUGCACCUCUCCCGCUCCGCCGAGGACAAUGGCAGCACCCCCCACCCGCUGCUCCUCAUCAAGUUCUUCAUCAUCGUGUGCAGGAAUAUGGAGAACAUCGACCCAGAGAAAACCCCCGGUUUUGUGUUUGAGACCAUCAAGCUUUUGGAUUUCUGCCUGGGACAGCUGAAGAAGGGAGACGGGGAGCAGUCGUCCCUGAAGCUGGUGGUCCAGUAUGGACUCGUGCUGUGCGAGAGCCUGUUUGACCCCUAUCAGACGUGGAGGAGACGCCUGGCGGGGGAGGAGGUGAGCCUGCUGGAGAGGAACAAGUAUAAGUUCUCGCCGCUCGCCUUGCCAGAGGAGCUGCCUGCUCUCUUCCACGAAAGUCUACAGGGAAGCGAGUCGAUCCCAGAGGCGCUCACGCUCCGGCUGGUCCAUCUCCAGGGCGCGGUCAUCAGCGGAGGAAAGAAGAACGCCCUCCUCUCCGUCACACCUCAGUCAGUGGAGGACCUGUUCGCGGUGCUGCGGGCCUGGUGCUGCCGGGCCUCCCCUCAGCCCAAGGACGCGGGGCUGCCGCGGCUGACCCUGCGGUGCCUGACGGCCAUGAUCCACCUGCUGCACGCCAGCAGCCCCGCGGAGCGGCAGGUGGAGAUCAAGGCCAUACUGGAGAGCUACUUCCAGCUCCUCAACUGGAACCGCCCGCCGAGCGGCGACCCGCCGCGCAGGCAGAACUGGGAGGACAGCCUGAUCUCGCUCCAGAGUCAAAUGCUGACUGCGGUUCCUGAGAUCCUCCAGUGCUCUGAUAGACCAGUGCUGCAGGCCGUCUUCCUCAACAACAACUGCUUCGAGCACAUCCUGAGGCUGAUCCAGAACAGCAAGCUCUUUCAGAGCAACAGGCGUAAGCUGGAACUUGAGGUUGUGAGUGACCUCACAGAGAUCGAAGUGGACCAGGUUUUGGACAAGGGCUCAGACAGUAUUACAGUCCACGCACUAGGAGUCCUCACAGCUAUAAUGAGCAACUCUCCCUCUGCAAAGGAGGUUUUCAAAGAGAGGAUUGGCUACCCCCAGCUAUUCGAUGUGCUGAAGAGUCAAGGUCAACCCACCAAAAGGCUGCUGCAGGAGCUGAUGAACAUGGCCGUGGAGGGGGAGCACGCCCACGCUCACCACCUUGGCAUCAGCAACGACCAGCCGCUGCUGCUGCUCCUGCAGUGGCUCCCUGAGCUGUCGGGUCAGCGGGACCUUCAGCUCCUGGUGGCCCAGUGGUUGACCACGGUGUGCAGCGGCUCCUUGUCCUGCCGCACCGUCGCGGUGGAGGCGGGCAUGAUGGGGGCGCUGCUGCAGGUGCUCUCCCAGCCCCACAAUCUGGAUCGACAGUGUGCGGACGCCCUGCUGGGCCUCCUGCAGCACCUGGGCUCGCUGUGUCUGAGGCCAGAGGAGCUGAAGAGCCUCCUCCGGCUGCUGAGGGUGGAUCGGGACAGCGGCUCGGUGCCGUGGAGGGUGCACCCGUACUGCACCCGGAUCAUCCGCGUGCUGUCGGCCAUGGCGGCCAGAGAGGGCCAGGCCAGUGCCCUGCAGUACUUUGACCUCACGCCCCCCAUGACGGGCAUUAUGGUGCCCACGGUGCAGCGCUGGCCGGGCAGCGGCUUUGCGUUCCACGCCUGGCUCUGCCUCAACAUGGAGUUCCCCUCCUGUCACUCGGACUUUUCCAACAAUCGCAAGCCCUCCUCCGUUGCCUUCGGGUCUGGAGCUCAGCACGACAUCGGAAAAGGGCCGCGCCGGAAGCAGCUCUACAGCUUCUUCACAGCUAGUGGAACUGGGCUGGAGGCCUUCUUCACCAUGGAGGGCGUGCUGGUGGUGGCCGUUUGCACUAAGAAGGACUACAUGGCCGUGGCGCUGCCGGAGGUGCCGCUGGCGGACUCGCAGUGGCAUUCCGUCGCUAUAGUCCACAUCCAAGGCCGCCGGCCCUUUGGUCAGAAUCUGGUCACCAUCUACGUCGACGGAGAGCAGCGAAAAACCGCUCAGCUUCGCUUUCCGUCUCUCAGUGAGCCUUUCACCUCCUGCUGCAUCGGCUCUGCAGGCCAUCGGACCACCACCACCACCACCUCCCCCAACCUGCCCAUGACCUCGUCCUCCAGCCCGUCGCCCGAGUUCGCCUUUCCCGCCCACGCCCCCUCUCUCAUUCGCUCGCAGUCCUUUCCGGCCUCCUUCGCGGGAGGCCGCUGGGGGCCGACGGUGGGGGAACCCGUUCACACCAUCCCAGCGGGACUGCAGGACACAGAGUGGGGAACCCCCACAUCCCUGGAUGGUCUGUUGGGCACUGCCUUCAUCUGCCAUGAGGCCCUGCAGCAGAAUCAGGCAAAGGCUCUGUUUGCUGCAGGCCCCAAUCACGUGUCCUUAUUCAAAGCGGAUGGAGAGUUGUCUGAUCUGAACGGCAAGCUUUUGCUCUACUACACUCCACAGGCCUUCAAGAGCCAAAUAUGCCUGGACCUCUCUCCAAACCACCAGUAUGACGGCAGGCUGACGGGACACAGGGUGGUGAACUGGGACAUCAAGGAUGUUCUAAACGUGGUGGGUGGGAUCGGCGUUUUGCUUCCCCUGCUGGAGCAGGUGUGUGAGGCUGAGCAGGCUUACAACGGUGGCCAGGAGAUCUCCGACCUGCUGGGACCCGAGCUCACUUCCUCCAGAGGCCCCGCUGCCAUGUUGCUCCCACUGAACAAGUCUGCAGAGGGCCGACUAGAAAGGAACAGCGUGGCUGCCUUCCUGCUGCUGGUGAAGAACCUGAUUCGCAACCACCCCGUCAACCAGGAGAGCCUGCUGCACUGCCACGGGCCCAGCGUCAUAGGAGCCAUGCUCGGCAAAGUUCCAGGCAGCAUGAUGGACAUGAACGUGUUAAUGGCGUGUCAGCUGCUGCUGGAGCAGGUUUACAACGAGGGCAACAGCCCACUCCUGCAGCAGCUCUACCAGCACCUGCUCUUCGACUUCCGCGUGUGGACCAGGAGCCACUUCGCCGUGUGUCUGGCCCACGUGCAGUACCUGGCGUCGGUGAUCAACAAAAGCAAGCAGCGGAUGAAGCGGAAGUACGGCGUUCAGUACCUGCUGGACACGAUCCGGACCCACUACAGCGCGGAGAAGGACGGCAGCGCUCUGUCUGAGGAGAAGCAGACCAUUCAGACGUCGCUGUUCGCUCUGCUCAAAGACUUCCUCAAGUCUCCCUCACCCGAGGAGCUUCACUGCGUCUUCGCCUACAUUCUGUCCGUAGCGGAGGAGCGACAGGUGGUCAGGGCCUUGGAGGUGCUGUACGACCUCCUGAGGAACAACCCUCCCCGCGAGCAGGUGCAGGCCGUGCUGCUGGACUGGGGCGCGGAGCAGCUCUACUGCCUGCUGCUCAGCCCCAGCUUCGGGGACGAGGCCCGAGAGAUGGUCUUCAGGGUCCUAUACAAACUCCUGAAGAGCGAGCGCGUGUCCGAGCGCAAUAAGCAGCGGCUGAAGCUGAAGGACUUCGGUUACUGUGGGCUGGUGUAUUGCCUUGAAAACAUCCCUGUCACCAUGACCACUGUGCGCUGUCUGUACGAGCAGGUCCUCGCUACAGAUGCCAGCCCAAACUUCAGAGACCUUCUGGCUGUGGUGUCUCUGUCCCACCGAGCCGAGCUCACCGUCCGUUUGGACGUCUGUCGAAAGCUCUUUCAUCUGAUCUACUCCAACGAUGAGCACGUCAAGCAGCUUGCUAGGCAGCCCAGCUGGCAGGACAUCCUCACCAAACUCUACGUGAAGGAGUCCUACGAGUCCCGACCCGGCAGCCUCGCGGGCUCCAGCAGCAACAGCCUGGACCCGGGCUACCGGCCGCCUCUGCACCGGGGUCAGCCUGUGGUCGUGGAGGAGAACGUGCCCAAGGAGAUGUUCCUGAGCUACCGCAGCUCGCAGGACAUGGAGGACGAGGAGGAGGAGGAAGGCGGCCAGCGGGACACGUCGGAGGGGUUCUCGGAUCUGUCCCAGUCCCCCGUCAGCGGUGGCGGGGACCCGCUGAAAGCCUUCACUGGCUCCCUCCAUUUCAAGUCCUUCGAUUCGGUGGAGCAGGAGAGCCACUCGUCCUCCACCUCCAAUCCGGUGGACGUGGCCUCGCCUCGUCCGGACGAAGAGGGGAGAGAUUACCAGCCCCUCUCUCCCUUCGGAACCUCGCCCUUGGACUUGGAUUUGGGAGGCACGGGAGAUACGGGUACACACACUCCUGCAGGCAGCCAGACAAACACGCCGUCCCCUCUGGAGAGUUACAAACCGUUCCCACCGCUCAGGCCCAGGAAGAGCUCCAGCCUGUCCAACGUCCUGGAUGAAUCCAGCUACGGGACGGACCCUCCUACGGGAGACACGGUGUCCAAUACAUCCAACCCUCAGCAGACGCCGGAGGAGGAGCUGUGCAACCUCCUCACCAACAUCAUCUUCUCCGUCCUGUGGACCGGCAGCGGCGCCGAGGGGACGGAGGACGUGGCGUGGAGGGAGAGGGGACAGGUCUUCUCCGUUCUCACCAAGCUGGGCUCCUCCUGCCAACUCGUGCGCCCCCCGGACGACAUCAAACGCAGCUUGCUGGAGAUGAUGCUGGAAUCGUCUCUGUCGGACCUGAGGGACGCCCAGGGAGUGUCCCUUCCUUUCUGUCCCAGCCUGGUUCGGCUCCUCAGGCUGUUGCAGGACUUCCUGUUUGCUGAGGGCACAGACAACAACGCACUGUGGAGUGAAAAGAUCUUCGAGGGGGUGGUGAACCUGCUGGACAGGUUGCAGGCGUGGCACAGCACCCCCGGCAGCCCCGGCAACACGGAGCUGAAGGAGAUGGCCCAGAUCGGCCUGCGCAUCAUCACCGGAUACAUCCAGCAGCAGCACUCGCAGGUGUGUGUCAUGGCCUACGUGAAGCUCCACAGCCUGCUCCAGACCGUGCUGUGUCUGAGCUGGGAGGAGGUGUGCUUCCUGCUGGGCCAGCUGGGCGCCCCCCUGUGGCCGGGAGGCGUCACGGACGGCGCCGGCUGCGCCCACCCGGAGACCUUCACCCAGCUGGUGCCCAUCGUGCGCACGCUGCUCGACCAGCACGCCGACCCCGGCACCCUCCACGGCCUGCUGCCCAACCUGCCCGUCACCAACGGCAGCGCCACCUUCGCCCAGGACCUGAAGGCCUACUGUCACUCGCCCGAGUGGCAGGAGUUCUAUCAGCAGCAGGUGCAGCCCACCAAGGAGCAGUACGAGCUGGACACGUUUGGCAGGAGUCACGACAUCAUGUCCAAUUUCUGGAACUCCUGCUUCGACGACGUGAUGAGCUCGGCCCUGAAACGGGAAAAGGAGCGAUCCGACAGCAAAUCGAAGUUCCAGGAAGUGAUCGUGGACCCGCACAUGAAGCGGGUCAAAGGUGAGAACACGCGGUACCACAGCUGGCAGAAGCAGAGCUCCAGCCAGCAGGGGGUGGUGUGGCAGCACUGGAGAGCCCUGCGCAGACUCCUGAGCAGCGAGAGGGGAGCGUGGGCCAACAGAGCUCAGCCAGAGGUCAAAUGGAAGUUGUCCGGUGCAGAGACGUAUUCAAAGAUGCGUCUCAAGCUUGUGCCCAACUACAACUAUGAUGCUCACAUCGAGCCCAGUGCCCUGAGGGACAACAUGGGAGCGGACAGCCCUCGGAGCUCCGAGCCCAUCCCACUGGCCGUCGCCAAGGAAGCCAAAGUGAGCGACAUGGAGGACGAUCAGCUGGGAGAAGAGGACCUGGUGUUUGUGGACAACAAGGAGGAGGGAGAAGAUGAGAACCAGAAGGAGAAACUGGUUCUGUCCGAGGACUGUGAGCUCAUCACCAUCGUGGCCGUGGUUCCGGGUCGCCUGGAGGUCACCACACAUCAUCUGUACUUCUACGACGGCAGCAGCGAGAAGGAAGAAACGGAGGAAGGGAUUGGGUUCGAUUUCAAGAGGCCUCUGUCGCACCUUCGCGAGGUUCAUUUGAGGCGCUACAACCUGCGGCGGUCCGCACUGGAGCUCUUCUUCAUAGACCAGUCUCACUACUUCAUCAACUUCAGGAAGAAGGUGCGGAACAAAGUCUAUUCCAGGAUCCUGGGGCUGCGGCCUCCCAACCUGUUCUACUUUGGGUCCCGCUCCCCCCAGGAGCUGCUGAAGGCAUCUGGGCUCACACAGAAAUGGGUCUGCAGAGAAAUCUCGAACUUUGAGUAUUUGAUGCAGCUGAACACCAUCGCUGGACGCACAUACAACGACCUGUCGCAGUAUCCUGUGUUCCCCUGGGUCCUGUCCGACUACACCUCUGCCACUCUGGACCUGGACGACCCGACGGUUUUCCGAGACCUGUCCAAACCCAUAGGUGUUGUGAACCCCAAGCACGCGCAGAACGUCAAGGAAAAGUACGAGAGCUUCGAGGACCCGACCGGCACCAUUGACAAAUUCCACUAUGGCACACACUACUCGAAUGCAGCAGGAGUCAUGCACUACAUGAUCCGCAUGGAGCCGUUCACCACGCUGCACAUCCAGCUGCAGAGCGGCAGGUUCGACUGCGCUGACAGACAGUUCCACUCGGUGGCGGCGGCCUGGCAGGCUCGCAUGGAGAGUCCCGCCGACGUCAAGGAGCUCAUCCCGGAGUUUUUCUACUUCCCGGAGUUCCUGCAGAACAUGAACGGCUUCGACCUGGGACAGCUGCAGAUAUCUCAGGAACAGGUGACGGACGUCGUGCUGCCUCGCUGGGCCGCAUCGCGAGAGGACUUCAUCCGGAAACACAGAAAAGCCCUGGAGUGUGAGCACGUGUCCAGUCACCUCCAUGAGUGGAUCGACCUGAUCUUUGGCUGCAAGCAGAGGGGCGAGGAGGCGGUGAACGCCCUCAACGUCUUCUACUACUGCACCUACGAGGGUGCCGUCGACCUGGACGCGAUAGCCAACGAGAACGAGCGCAAGGCCCUGGAAGGCAUCAUCAGCAACUUCGGACAGACGCCCUGUCAGCUGCUCAAGGAGCCUCAUCCCACUCGUAUGUCGGCUCAGAACGUGUCCAGACGGCAGGCCCGCCUCGACACGCUGCCCCCUAAUAUAUUUGAGCAGCUCAAGAAGCUCCGGCCGUUCGUGGAGGUGGUGAGCGACGGCCUCCCUCUGGUGCAGGCUGUGGUACCGAAGAACCAGAACCGCUCCUUCAUCAUCCAGGGCUCAGAUAUACUGGUGACUGUGAGUUCAAACGGCCUGAUAGGGACACACAGCUGGCUGCCCUACGACAAAAACAUCGCCAACUAUUUCACUUUCACUAAAGAUCCGACGAUGACUAAUCCUAAAACGCAGCGCUUCCUGAGCGGACCGUUCUCCCCUGGGGUGGAGAUCAGCGCUCAGGUUCUGGUGGUGUCCACCGACGGCCGCCUUCUGUUCAGCGGGGGACACUGGGACUGCAGCCUGCGUGUGACUCAGCUGGCCAAGGGCAAGCUGGUGGGCAGGAUCUGCCGACACGUUGAUGUUGUCACUUGCCUGGCUCUGGAUCUCUGUGGCAUCUACCUCAUCUCUGGUUCAAGGGACACGUCCUGCAUCGUGUGGCAGGUUCUACAGCAGGGGGGCUUCUCCAGCGGCUUGUCUCCGCGGCCGGUGCAGGUCCUCUCCGGACACGACCAGGAGGUCACAUGUGUGGCUAUCAGCACGGAACUGGACACGGCUGUGUCAGGGUCAAAGGACGGGACCGUCAUCGUUCACACUGUGCGGCGCGGCCUGUUCCUGCGAAGCCUGCGGCCCCCCAGCGACGUGCCCACACACAUCUCUGCCCUGCAGGUGGGCAUGGAGGGCCACAUAGUGGUGCAGACCUCGCAGGGCGAGCGCUCCAACAGGAAGGGCAGGGACUCCGUGCAUGUGUACUCUGUUAACGGCUGCCUGCUGGCCUCCUUCACCGUGGAGGAGCAGGUGACCGCUGUCCACCUGGUGUCUGAAUACGUCAUCCUGGGCUCGAUGCAGGGCGGCCUCCACGUACGAGACCUGUACAGCCUUGAUGCGCUGAUAACGCCCCUGGCUUUGAAGGUCCCCAUAAGGAGUGUGUCUGUCACAAAGGAGAGCAGCCACAUCCUGGUGGGACUGGAGGACGGGAAGCUCAUCGUGGUGGGGGCAGGGAAGCCCGAGGAGGUUCGCUCAGGACAGUUCUCUCGUCGCCUGUGGGGCUCCACACGCCGGAUCUCCCAGGUGUCGUCGGGGGAAACUGAGUACAAUCCCACUGAGAACACUGGGAAAUGAGAGGAGCCCUGGUGGAGGCGCUCCGUGGACUGGGUCGCAGACGCCACCAGCUCAACUUACCAGCUGGGAAACUGUCCUCAGCAGCGAUACACUCAGCACUUUUUACUCGUAGACGAUUUCAGAUUUUGUGGUGUGUGCGCGCGUGUGUGUGUGUCCUUUUGACAGUUGUACUGUUUUUAAUCAGCAGCAUUCCAAAGAGUGGCCUUGUUUUGUGUUCGAGACGAGUUCAGCGUUUUAUGGCUGUGAACUGUUGUCAGGCUGCAGAUGCACUGAGUCAUAUUUCAGGGCAGUGACUCACUCUGAUGCACAUUGGGCCUCAGACAUGAGAGGCAACGCUGUGAAGGCCCAGGCACAGCUGGGCAUCUACUUAAAACUCCUGGAAACUUGAAAAAAACUACAAUAGGCAUCGCUUGAGAUUUCCAUGUUGCAAUACUGGCGGAACCCACGAGAGGGUCGACUGUGGAGGAGGAAGACACUGGGUGCAACUGGUGCUUCAGGAACCAGUGCCGCGCUGACACUGGCACCAGGCGUGCACCAUAAUACCACAAUAACGCUUCGUGCGAUCUGCAACUGUUACACUGAAGCAAAUAGCUGCUUUAUCGUCAUGUAUGUGAAAUACAUUGUCUCCUGUGGCGCUUGGAUGCAGUAAAGCUCAAGGGGAGAUUGUUCUGUUGCCUUCACAGGUGAUCAUGUACUAGUCUUGUAUUUCUCUGUUGUCCCCUGACUGUAUCUGUGUUAUCUGACCUGCGAAGUGCCUUUUUUUUACCUGGUGAGUAAACACUGGGUCCCAAUCAUCGCUUCCCCGCGUGAGCUCGCUGGGAAAAAGGGGGUUUUGUCCCCAGUUGCGCUGAUUCUUCAACCCGCUUCCUGCUCACAUGGACGAGAUGCUACUGAAGUGAGCGGAGCGGCGGCUGAGGACACGUCUGGGGACGCGGCGGCUUUGAAACACGUGAGCAGCAAGUGAGCGAGCUGCGGAAGAAUGCACUUCCUGCCUGCUACGUUUGUUUGCUCUGCUGUGGUUGGACAGAGCGGUUGUUAUGCAGUGUCAUGAGGGGAGAGAGACAAAGAAUGCAAUUUGGGAGAAUGCAAUACCCACAGUGCAUACAACACUGGACACAGUGGCCUAGUAUUUGUAAGUGAUGCUCAGAAUAACCCUAAAUGUAAGUAAGGAGUUGGGAAAACGUGCUUUGCUGAUCUUAAACUGUAGUUUUAGUCUGUCUAAAGUCACUUUUUUAUGAAUUAUGCAACCAUGAUGUUUGAAUACAGGUGAUGAUUUGCUACUGCUUGUACUGAAAUCAGUUUAUGUAAUACUGCUGUUUUUGUCUACAUGUUAUGAAUGUAAUAUUUCACUCUACUAUGCAGAGACUUUGAUUUAGGUUCAUUUAAUCCACUGAGGUCAGAACAGAAUUGUUACAGUCCUCCAUGAAGCGGGACUCUUGAUUCUUGCUGUAUAUAAUGUGAUUUUAGUAUUGUUGGGUUCAGAAUGCUCGUAGAAAAAGCCGCCUUUGAGGCCAACACUGCCUUCUUCUUCUCUCUUUAACCCCUGUGAUUCAACAUUUGUAUCUUUCUUGAAAGAUGUUGAGAAUACACUUUUUAAAAAGCA